GCUAACUGCAGCACUUCCGACAGGUUCAGUUGGCGCCCCACCAAGCCAAGCCCUCGACAUAAAAAGCGGGGCUCUGGAAAGCCACCUGCAUUUGGCGGGGGCAUAUGAUGUAAUGGUGUUUGAGAGACGGGAUGAUGAAGUUGACGUUGAGCAGCCGGCAGUUCCCCGAUGGAGGUGCUGAUGUCAGUUACGGAUCUUUCUGUGUGUAUAAGAAGCUCAGCUUCACUUUGACCCAGCUUUUCCUUGACACAAACAACGCACCUCAAAACACCCUUCUCUGCAAUUUCUUCAGGACAGCCAAUUCUGCCAUCACAAUUCUUACAACAACCACCAAACCUUCAACAUGUCUGAUCGCGCUGCCCAGUCCCCUCCUCCUGAGGAGCAGUCCGGAAGACAGCUCAAUGACCCCCCAGCCAGCGGCAAGGGCACUGAUGAUGCUUCUAACAAGGAGCAAACCAACAAGAGUGGUCUCGAGAACUUGA